GUUAGCUUUUAAUUCAAUUACUACGUUCCGGUUGAUGUGGUUGUUGCUGCGGUAUCGGUUAGAAUUAAAUCUAAUUUUCAUAAAUUAAAACAUCGUGUUGGCGUUCGGAAGAACUUUACUAUUGGCUUCUUACCCAUCGAAGUUUCUGGUUUGCUAUCGUAAAUUGUCUAAAAUGGCUGAGACUGCUGCUGUAGAUCUUGACAAAUGCUUUGAAGUGGUCAAUGAAUUAGUGAACAAGGCAGGAGCUAUAAUAGCCCGUCGCAAUGAAACACGCCAAGAAUUCGUAUGCAAACAGGGCGAUAUUGAUUUGGUCACCGAAACAGAUAAGGAAGUGGAAAACCUGUUGAUGAACGGCAUCAAGGAGCAAUUUCCAGAUCAUAAAUUCAUUGGCGAGGAGGAAAGCAGUGCCGAGGGAGCACCCAAAAAACUUACCGAUGCACCCACUUGGAUCAUUGACCCCGUCGAUGGUACAAUGAAUUUUGUACAUGCCUUUCCACAUUCUUGCAUUUCGGUAGGUCUGGUGGUAAACAAAGUGACCGAAUUGGGCAUUGUAUAUAAUCCGAUGCUCCAACAACGUUUCACUGCUCGACGCGGUCAGGGAGCUUUCUAUAAUGGCAAGCCAAUUAAAGUCAGCGGUCAAAAAGACCUAGCCAAGGCAUUGAUAACCAGUGAAUUCGGUACAACCCGAGAUCCGGAGAAAAUGAAGGUGGUGAAUGAGAAUUUCCAGAAAAUGGCCGCCAAGGCUCAUGGGUUACGUGUAUUGGGUUCUGCUGCCCUCAACAUGUCCAUGGUUGCUUUGGGAGCUGCCGAUGCUAAUUAUGAAUUUGGCAUUCACGCUUGGGAUGUAUGUGCCGGCGAUAUUAUUGUGCGGGAAGCUGGCGGUGUUGUUAUUGAUCCAGCUGGUGGUGAAUUUGAUAUGAUGUCAAGACGUGUUUUGGCUGCCUCAUCCAUGGAAUUGGCUCAGGAAAUUGCCAAAACUCUAACACAAUUCUAUCCACAGCCAAGAGAUGACUAAAAUGGCAUUUAAAAAAAAGGAUUACUAAACAGCAACAAUGUACCAGUGAAUUGUUACCAAAAAUAUGUACUUAAAAGAAAACUAACUACUUAUGAAGCUCAUACUAUUAACUAAAAUUUAACAUUAAAUAUUUGUAUGUUUGUAAAAUGUUUGUAAAAAAGUAUUUCUUAUUUUGAAAGAUAUGUUUUCAUUGACUGGAUUCAAAUAAGCAUUUGUAUUGAUACUUUUUUGUCUUUUUUACAAAGAAAUACUGCCGUACUACCCUACCGGAGUGUCUUUGGAAAUAAAGCUUUCGAAAUAAGAUAAAUUAUAAUUGUUAAUACCAUUCCAAAUGUUAUCUCAAUAAAACAAUACCUUGUUUUGCUUAAAGUAUUAAAAAUAA